AUGCUUAAGAAAUAUGGAGUACAUCAUCGUGUGGGGUUAUCAUACCACCCACAAACUAGUGGUCAGGUAGAAAUUUCUAACCGGGAAAUCAAAACCAUCUUGGAAAAGACGGUUGCGAGAACAAGGAAAGAUUGGUCUGCGAAAAUUGAUGAUGCACUUUGGGCGUACAAGACUGCUUUUAAAACACCUAUUGGUACGACCCCGUAUAGACUUGUGUAUGGUAAGGCUUGUCAUCUUCCUAUUGAGUUGGAACAUCGUGCGUUUUGGGCUAUCAAAGCUCUUAAUUUUGACUCUCAAGCAGCAGGCGAGAAGAGACUCCUACAACUAAUGAGCUAG